CCCAAAUCUCAUGGCCCGGGAAAAUAGUGCUAGGCAGCGAGCAUUGAUCCAUUCUGUAUAAAUAAAUAGUCAGGUAGAAUUCUGCAACGAUUCUUGACAACAAUGGCGAAGAAGCAAGUGCCAGCAGAGAGAACCAGGAAGAAGAACAACUCCAAAAUCCAUAUCAAAAGCAAGAGUAAAAACAAAAGCAGAAAUUUCACCACCCAAAACAAAAGCAGAAACAAGAUCAGGAAAACAGCCAAUGAUGAUGCUUCCAGUGAGGAGACAGAAGUCCUCGUCGUGCCGUCAUCGAGCACAGAAUCUCAAAAUGACGAAGUUGUUGGAUCCAGCGAAGAGGCGGAGGAGGACGACGUAAGCGAAAGAAGCCCGAGUGAUGAAGAUGAGAAGGAAGAAAAGAAGAAGCCCAAAAGCAUUAAAAAGAAAGGUAAAAGGAAGGAUGUUAAAAAUAAGGGAAAAAGGAGAAGUAGAAAAGCAGCAGAAGAAGAGGAGAAGAGGGAGAAUGCGCUAUAUAGGUUCCCGAUGAAUCGGGUCAGUCGAAUUAUCAAGAGCGAGAAUUCGGAUCUGCGAAUUUCGCAGGAGGCCGUUUUCCUCAUCAAUAGAGCUUCGGAGAAGUUUCUUCAACUGUUCUGCAGGGAGGCUUAUGCUUGCACAUUUCUUGAUCGCAAAAACUAUACUGCGUACAACCAUUUGUGCUCAAGGUGCGUGUCUGAAUAAUGGCAGCAUCAGUAGUCUCUAAGAGAAAGCGGUUUGAUUUCCUCUCAGAUUUUAUUCCUGAGAAGCUGAAGGCUGAGGAUGCUUUAGCAGAAAACCCAGAGGCUGAGAAAUGACCCAUAUUUAUUUUCAGGAGUUGAGAGUACACUCCAACAAUUGUUUUGCAGGAACUGACUCAGUGUUGUCUUUCUAGGGGGUAAUUCUGCAUUUGCCGGUGGCCGUUUGUUGCAGAAUUCUAAAAGAUAUAUUCUGAUUAGUGUUUCAUUUUUCUUUAUGAGCUUCAUGCUCUGUUGUGGGUACUAAUCUAGGAAGAGUAGCAAGCAUCCUGAAGAGAAAUUACCUGUAUCUCUAGUCUUAAACAUCCCCAGGAAUGCUCACUUGUAGAAGACUGAAAUUCAUCAAAAAUAGAAAAAUUUUCCAGUGUACUUUACUGUGUGCUCUGCUUUGAAGUUGGGUUUUGGUCCGCCAGCAGCUUUGGGUUUAUGAUUUAUAUCUGUAUCUCUUGUGGACAUGCAAUUUUCUUAUGUAAAGAUCAGAUUCAAUCUGGUGUUCUGACUGAAAGAUCACUGGAGAAAGAGAUAGCCGUCUGACUAACAAACGAAUGAUGUUUCCAGGGCUGGUUUACAUGAAGUUCACAAGUUUCAGGUACAUUUAUGAUUUUCAU